CAAAAAGCGAGCCCCCGCCUUCGUCUCCUAGACCUGACUGAGAGCUGGACCUUUUGUGUACUAUAACAACUUCAUUUCUGUUGUCAUCGCGGACCGACCUUGCAAGGCGUGCCUUUCUAUAGACAUGUCAAGGUGUUGCCCGAAUACCAGUGCUUAGGCUUUUUCCGACACGGCUUCGCGAAACGGGUUCCGUCUCCGGAAGCGCUAAAGGACGACGCCCGCUAUGCAGGUCUUGGACUGCAGAAUGUCACUGCUAGUCUUCGUUACGUUACCCAUUUUAGUGGCGCUCUGCACGGCACAGAACUCUAGUAACCCAAUAGAUCCUAUCGUCAACUUCUGCUCGAGAUUCCAGCAUCAAUCCACGGUUAAGAAUGGCGUUCUUUACAUCGAUGGUGGCAUACAGACCUAUAGACUAGGGGGGCUCAACUUCUCUCAGAAUGGUACCUCCGUGCCUAGUCAACUUGGUAUCAAUCCAAGCCUAAUCACUGUGGGUAUGAACGAGACAUGGAAUUGGUACACAAAUAUCACCGAAACAGCAUGGAAGAAAGAGACCAAUCCUGCAGGAGAUUUUACGCCGGAUAUAGGCGUCAUCCGUGGCAGUAUGUUCGCCGGUCCAGACGGCGAUAACAAGAUAUACGUGUAUGGCGGCACAACCUUUAUGGGAAAUAACUCUUUCCCUAAUUGGAAACAGAUUCAGAGUGAUGCAACGCCUCUCUGGUCUUAUGAUACAGCCACAAAUGAGUGGUUACCAUAUUCGAACUCGCUAGACGACAGACCGAACUAUGGAGCGUCUGCAGAAGCGACUGACAAGAGUAUGGGGUUCUAUCUGAACGGUCAGGUAGACAUCGGAUCAUACUACGCCUCACAGUAUCUUGGCAACAACACAUAUAAUCUCCCAGGAAUGGUCAUUAUUCACCUCAAUAACCAAACACUUGCAAACAUAUCCACUCCCGGUCUACCGGACUCGUACCCGCGGGUGGGCGGUUUACUCCAAUAUCUUCCAAAUGUCGGAGAAGAUGGUGUUCUGGUUUCACUGGGCGGAGCUUACAGAGAAGCUGGCGGAGUUGGACUGUUCCGUGAGCAGACUAUGGCUACCUUUGAUUCGGUCGACAUAUUCGAUCUCUCAUCCUACCUACACAACCCGCAAAGCAACGGCACUUGGUACUCUCAAUCGACAACUGGUGAAGUACCUCCGCCAAUGAUCGAUAGCUGCGUAGUUGCACUAUCUGCCCCCGACAAUUCGUCUCAUAACCUUUACAUCUACGGUGGUCGCAAUCCAAUGGGCUCUAAUAUCACGCUCUACGAUGGUAUCUGGGCUCUAUCCAUACCUUCGUUCACCUGGACCAAGAUCAGUGGGGGUGAUAGUCCUCGCUGGGGCCACACAUGCUCCGUGGUAGGCAACCGACAACUCCUCACCGUCAGUGGCAGUCUAAACAGCACAUACGACUUCUGCGAUUGGGAGCAGCGCGGCGUCGCCAUCUUCGACCUUUCCACUAUGCUCUGGGGAUCCAUCUUUGUCGCCGACGACCCUGCAUACAAUGUAUCCUCCCUCAUCGUCAGCACCAUUGGCGGUACCGGUGAUGGUGGCGCAACCCUCACCUCCCCCGAAGGCGGCUAUGACAACGCCGCUCUCGAAGCUGUCAUGACGUAUACUCGGCAGAUCGAACCAACCAGCAGCCCGAGUAGCAAACCUAAACCCAGCACCAUUGCUGGAGCAGUCGUCGGCUCUCUCGCUGGCAUCUCCCUUGUCGCAGCACUCGCAUGCUUCCUAUACAGGCGGAAUCACAAAUCAUCCGCGGCCCCCGACUCUGCCAUCGAGCUUGGCAGUGCCGAGAAGUCUGAGUUCCCAGGCGCAAACACGGAGGUCAACGAAGCCUCUGGCGAGGACUCCAAGUUCGAGAUGGGUGCCGACGAGCCCCGCGUGGAACUCUCUGCGCAGGCGUUCGUGGCGUAUGAGAUGUCGGCGGAGAACGAGAAGAAACUAGCAAACAAGGAUGAGAUGGAUAUUGCGGAAACCGCGCCGCCACAGGAUAGAUUGUUUCCAAACUUCUCGGAGUUGCAGGACGUCAAGCGGAGGGCAUCGGCACAAGCAGGCGGUGGGUCGGACGAAAAAGGAUUUAUGGAUAAUAAGGAAUCGAAAAUUGUGGAGGAGCGGGAUGCGAAGGAUUGAUUUAGAUGAAGUGAUGUGGUAGACAAGGAUUUGAUCUGAUGUGAGCGUUUUUGUUAGCAUGGCGUUUGGAAGGUUUGAAUUGGAUGGGCGAAGAGACGUCGCUCAAUCCGGAUGCUGCAGACACCCAGCCUUUUUCUCCACGAUGAUUGAUUCGUAUGAAGAGCCAGAGAACUCCAGAUCUGGAAUGAAAACCAAAAAGUCUAUCUCGAGCUAGCGCUCACAUCAGAUUUGAAGCUGACAAGCCGACAUCGUCAGGGAGCAUGUGCAGCUCAGUAAUCAAUACAUAAUCCAGACUGACUAUACGAUCACGUUCCGUCGCAG